CUUCCAGAAUCCCUGAGGAUGACAUCAGGUUGAGAAAAAACAGAGACCAAAACUGUGCCAAUUUCUUGGAGCCAGCUACUGUGCUUGCUACAAAGGAAGAGAAAAUGGAAAUUGAAGUUCCAGUUUCUGAACAUAAAAGCAUCACCACAGUGGCUUCACCACAUCCCAUAGACAAUCCAACCCAUUUUUUUUCCCCUGCUGCCAGCCACAAUGGACUUAAGGACAGACACGAAUCUCUGGACAGUGAAGUUGCUAAAGAGAUCAGAUACCUAGAUGAAGUGCUGGAGGCAAAUUGCUGCGAUUCUGCUGCAGAUAAUACCUUUAAUGGGACAUCCUCCCCUGAACCAAGUUCAGUCUCCGUUAUGGAUGGCUCAGGAGCAUCUGUUAAUGUCAAUAAUGAUUCAGUACCCAGUGAAAGGGAAGAAACUGUAGCCGACAAGCAGGCACCCAUGGUAGUUCAACCACCUGAAGCUAGCAUAACAGAUGAGAACCUGAAAUCUAAUGGCCAUUCCUUGGGUGAACUGAAGGAAGACACUAGGGAAAGUCUCAAGGUGCCAGGAAGUCCCACUUCUUCAAACAGUUCUAGAAGAUCCUCUAAGGAUGGAGAGACAACUCUUACAACCCUUAAGAAAGAGGCAAAGUUUGAACUACGAGCCUUCCAUGAAGACAAAAAGCCCUCAAAGCUCUUUGAAGAUGAAGAAGAGAAGGAAAAAUACAGGGUCCGCAAAGUGAGACCAUCAGAGGAAAUGAUGGAACUUGAAAAGGAAAGAAGGGAACUCAUUAAAAGCCAGGCUGUCAAGAAAAACCCCAACAUUGCUGCCAAAUGGUGGAACCCUCCCCAAGAGAAGACCCUGGAGGAUCAACUGGAUGAAGAGCAUCUGGAGUCCCACAAGAAGUACAAGGAGCGCAAGGAGAGACAGCAGCAGCAAGGUGCAACACCAACAUCCCCCAAACAGAUCAGCUGCUCCUUUGUACCGCCAGAGCCAGUCAAUAUCAAGAAAGAGGAUAUUGUCACAGAGCAAAUUGACUUCUCAGCUGCCAGAAAGCAGUUCCAGCUGAUGGAGCAUUCAGGUCCAUCUCAGGGUCAGGCCCCACCAAGGCGGUCAGGAACACCCAAAAUGUUCUCCAUCAAACCCUUCUACAAGAGCCUCAAUUCUCCACAUGUAGACAGGCCACUGUCCUCCAUGACAAGACCCAUUUCAGUGUGUGGGCAAACAGGACAGCUUGAGGGUAACAAUGCCACCGUUGUCAAAGCACAGAAGGUCUCCUAUACCUCAGAAGAUGGUACAAGUGCUCAGACUACCACUGCUGACCCAACAAGAGAGUUACCAUGCAGUGAUGGCUCCAGAGCUGGACAGACCUCAAAACUCUGGGCAGAGGAUGGAGAAUUCAUGAGUGCGAGAGCAGUCUUCACAGUGGUGAAGGAUGAUGGACAGGGUGUGCUAGACCAGUUCCCAAAGGCAGCAAGUGCCUCUUCCCCUCCAGAGGAGCUCGACUCUGGUUUGGAUGACUUGUCUGUCAGGUCUCAGGAUACCACCGUCUUGGAGACCCUUUCCAAUGACUUCAGCAUGGAUAACAUCAGUGACAGUGGUGCCUCCAAUGAGAUCAUGAGCGCCCUGCAAGAAAGCUCACUGGCUGAUUUCUCCCUGCCGCAGACCCCACAGGCUGACACUCCAGCGGAGUGCAGGAGCGAAGGCAUCUGCAAGUCGUUCAGCGACCCAGGCUGUGACUCGCCCUCCUCCGCCUUGACAGACUCCAUGCUGAUUGACGACCAGCUGGAGUACCACACUGGUCUGCUGGUUCAAAAGGCCAUCCAACAAGCCAUAGCUGAGCAGGCAAAUAAAGCAAACUGCAAGGAAGAAGAAAUCCCAGAGGAGAAGGAGAUCUUAGUCAAAGAGCAGUCAGCCACCACCAUGCCAGCUCCAGCCUCCAAGGAGCAGCAGAACCCCAUGUUCGAGCCACCCCAGGUGUCUUCACCUGUUCAAGAAAAAAGGGACACCAUACCAAAGACUUCAAAAGAGGAAGACUCAGGACUCAGGGAAGGGAAGAGUUUGCAGCAGUCACCCAUGUACUCAGCCAGCCCGCCGUUCCUUGUGGAGGAAAAUAGGCAUGAAAUUAGCUAUUUCAGCAAGUAUUCAGAGGCAGCUGAGCUGAGGAGCACCGCCUCCAUCCUGGCCACGCAGGAGCCUGAAGUGACUGUGGGCCCUUUCAAGUUACGGUCAAGGAAGCAGAGGACUUUGUCAAUGAUAGAAGAAGAGAUCAGAGCUGCCCAGGAACGAGAAGAGGAGCUGAAGAGGCAGCGGCAAGGUCUGCAGGUGGCACCGAGCCCUGUUAUGAAGAGCGCACCACCCAUGCCCACCAGAACCGUGUCUUACAAAACUGCACCGGGAAAGAUAGAGAAGAUCAAGCCUCCUCCAUCACCCACCACGGAAGGCCCCAUCUCGCACUCUGACCCGCCACCCGAGGAGCCUGCGGGAGCCCAGCGACCCAAGAACCUGAUGCAGACCCUCAUGGAGGAUUACGAAACACACAAAACUAAGAGACGAGAAAGGAUGGAUGACAGUGCGGUCCUUGAGGCAACCAGGGUGAACCGCAGAAAGAGCGCACAGGCGCUGCGUUGGGAAGCCGGCAUUUAUGCCAACCGAGAGGAGGAUGAAUAACCGUGCUGCAGCGCGAAGAUAGUGACCAGGCAUGCCGAAACCAAAAAGAGAGAAAGGAAGAAAAAGAAAAAAAGAAAAAAAAAAACCACCACAAAAAAACACCACGAAAGCAGCAGCAUUUUAGUCCAAUAUUUAUUAAAUACACAACAAACUCAGUGAUACACAUAGACACAGAAAUGAUCCAACUCCUGGCAAUCCUAAAACAACAGGAAAAACCCACCUAGAAAAUAACUCCUUCUCCUUCCCUCCAUUCUUCCUCUGAAAUAAUGCAAUGGGCAGGGUGCCGGGGGUGGGAGCCCUCGGGGGGAACAAGGGGGCGGUUGUCCCCGCAGACCAGAGGGGCUGCAGGCGCAUGGUGGGAGGUCAGCGCAGAGGAGCCUGCAGCCAGGGCUCAUGCUCGCGCUUUCUGCUGACCUAAUUGACAGCCCUGCCUUGCCCCCAGGAUCACCGUCCCCCCAGCAGCUCCCGUCGGACCCUCCUGCAGUUCCUUUGCCUCCCACAGCCACUGCACCAAGACCAUCGGCAUUACUCGGCGUACUCCAACCAGCCUCAAAAUACAACAAUAUUGCCCUCUGUUGCUAUUUCUUUGAGGGGUCUGAAGGGUUGGGUUUGGGAUUAGGGGCUUUUAUGUGGGGGAGGGAUGUCUGCUCCCCUUUCUAGUAAUUUAUCUGUUUAAGAGGAAAAAAAAAAAACAAACAGGGAGGCAGUUACUGCAAAUGAACAAUCCAGUAGACUCAAUAAAACAGUCCUUGUGUUGCGAACACAAGCCAUCACAAUUUAGGAGUGGAAAAGAUGGGGAUGAGAGCUAAGCCAAAUGGAUUACCUUAGCUUUAGGAUCCUAUAUGCUUGCAAUAUCACCUGAGUUCCAGGUUCUCAGAGCAUAUUUACAUAACAAAGUUUCUAAAUAAAAAAUCUGUAUUUAGCGGAUGACAACUAUUUUUUGAUGGUGGGGAGGGAAAAGAAUGGCAUAUGUGUAAAAUCUAUGAAGAUGGAUAAAUUGAAGUAGAAGGGUAGUGGGAAAGGGAUACAAAUAAAGGACAUUUAAUUUUUAAAUAAGGCAAUAAUUGAACUAAGCCAGACUUUGGCCUAGAAAGAGGUAGGAAAUAAAGAAGAAAGAUAGUUAUGUCUUCAACUAUAUUUAUACAACAUAAAAAGCCUUUGAAAUAGAGUGCUUUGUGGAAGUCUUCACGUUUCCAGGCAACAAAAAUGCUAAAGGGCAUAAUGAGUUGGAAGGA